ACCACAGUCGUACCUCAGCGUUUUUUUUCUGGGUCCGGCUUCUAAUAGCAAAAACCGGUUAUGUCUAUUUCAUAUUUGUUGGAUCUAUAAAAUACCUAGUAGUUCAACGGCAGACGGAGAAUUCGCAGCGCAAAUCAUUAACGUAAAGAAAAUCAGUCAGUUAUUUUAUUGUGUUGCAAUGUUGUCACAGUGUGUAUUGAUGUUUGCUGUAUUGGUCUCGCUUGCAUUCAGCGCAUCCCAUCAUGGACAUUUUGAAGAACAAGUAACAGUAACUGAGCUCCUAAGUCUUCAAGAUUACCGCUUUACUGAUGUAAAUAAGCGAUCUCAUCGAGGUGAUGUACCUUCAGGACCCGAAAGAAGUUUUCCAAAUGAUGGAGAAUCACCACCAUCAAAUCGCAAAAGAUCACCGGAUCCACAAAGCAAUCGAGGACCAUACGAUCACAGAGGACAUGGUCCACCUAGCGCAUAUGGGCCACCUGAAAGACAAGGAUCACCACAAGGGUAUGGGCCACCUGAUUUACGGGGACCCCCUGAUGGACAAGGACCGCCACGUGGCCGUGGACCCUUUGAUUGGCAAGGACCUCCACAUGGACACGGCCCACCUAACGAACAAGGACCCCCUGGUAGAUACAAACAACCUUAUGAAAAUGGACCACCUCCUGGUGGGCAUGUACCACCUAGCGACCGCGGGCCACCUAACGGGAACUCAUCACCUUCAGGUGGUCACGUACCUCCAUCGCACCAUGGUCCACCGCCUCCACAGCACCAUGGUCCACCGCCUCAACCGCACCAUGGGCCUCCACCUCCACCGCACCAUGGGCCUCCAUCCCCACCGCACCAUGGACCACCGCCUCGAUCGCACGAUGGGCCUUCGCCAUACUAUGGACCUCCACCACCGCCCAACCAUGGUCCACCAUCUGAUGACCGGAAACCUCCAUCUCCGCAGUCUUAUAACAAUUAUGACUCUGACCAUGACAACGAAGCCUAUCGCCAACCUUAUGGUCAUAGUCCACCUCAUGACACUUAUGAACUUGCACCCCAAAAUCGUGGACCUCCGCUGAAUGGCCAAGGACAACCUAGUGCAAACGGACAACCCGGUGGACAUGGGCCACAUGGUAAUAACGGGGUGCAACCCGGUAUUACGCCAAGUAUCUCAUCCGCCCAGAAUACUGAAAAUGAACAGAUCCUUCAAAACCUUAAACUAAUUUUCAGGGAUGGGUUUUAUAAUACUGCACCGAAUAAUCAGACUAAAAAUGACACAACAGAUGGCAAAAUGACUGAAGUAUUAAGGACAGAGAAGCCUAUACGCAAAGGAGGACAAACGCUUACUAAUAUCGAUGCAAAUACAAGUGAUUCAGUAACUAUCACUCAAUCGCCUCAUUAUUUAAAAUCUUUCCAAGUAGUACCUGUGACACCAGAAAGUUAGUUAGAUCAUAUAUUUUUACAUAAUUUCGUAUUAUUUAUGCUAUUAUUACAUAUUGUAUACUCAAUCUUAGUAAGGAUAAAAUAAAUUUCUCGCAUUUAA